AUGGCCACCGCUCCUUCUCUUCUACACUCAUCUGGGUCCUCAUUUUUCGCUCAAUUUCGUGCCUUUCCAUAUUUUUCUUCUUCUUCAGCGUUUCCUCAUGGAAACAGACAUGGGAAUGCGGUGCUGACUGUGAGGGCCACUGAUUCUGCGGUUGUGUUGGUGGAGAAGUCUGAUGCAGAGAAGGCCAAUAGGCUCAAAACUGCUUACACUGAAAAAAUUGUGCCCUUGCUCAUAGAAGAGUUCUCUUACACCAACAAGCACCAGGUGCCUAAAGUUGAGAAGAUUGUGGUUAACUGUGGUAUUGGAGACGCUGCACAAAAUUCGAAGGGUUUGGACUCUGCAGUAAGUGAUCUAGCAAUGAUCACAGGGCAGAGACCUAUUAAGACUCGGGCUAGGGCUUCUCUUGCCACCUUUAAGAUCAGGGAAGGUCAACCGCUUGGGAUUGCUGUAACACUAAGAGGAAAUAUUAUGUACUCGUUCCUGGACCGAGUGAUCAACUUGGGGCUUCCGAGGACAAGAGAUUUCCAAGGUGUGAAUCCCAAUAGCUUUGAUGGUCAUGGGAAUUACAGCAUUGGCAUUAAGGACCAGGGUGUGUUCCCAGAGAUCAGAGCUGAUGUGAUUGGCAAGCCUAGGGGAAUGGACAUCUGCAUAGCCACCACUGCUAAUACAGAUCAAGAAGCUCAAAGAUUAUUGGCGCUUAUGGGUAUGCCCUUCAGAGAGGGAAGUGGUUCUGCCGCAGCUGCUCGGAAAAAGAAGCUCAAGUCUCACCAUUUUGAUUCAAAAAGGGGAGGAAGAGGAAGGAAGUGA